AUGUGGAAUGCCUUUUAUGCCACAAUCUAUAAAUCUCGAAUUGUCAUCCCACCUCUUGCUCCAAAGAUUGCCAACAAUAUCAUAGAUGCUGAAAUUUCUCUCUCUGAGCUGGACUCUACGCUUAUAUCUUUAAAAUCAGGCGAAGCCCCUGGUCCUGACCUUGUAACAAACGAGUUUUUAAAAUCAUUAACUGGCAACACAACGAAAUCCUUAGAAGCCUAUUCAACAAGGCACUCGAAGAAGAGAGUGUCCCUAGAACCUGGACAACCACACUUAUGA